AUGUCGUCCCAUAACCCCGCAGCUGAACCUGAACAUGCAACAUUACCCAGCUCAAGUUCAGUACCCCCAACCCCUCAGCCCCCUUCAGCAUACGCUCAACCCCAACCUCAAUCAUCCCACUCCGACCACAACCUCCCUUCAUUUCCCGAGAAGCGGAAAUCACCGUCACCCCCUUCCUCUUCGUCUUCCAAGCUCAUAUCUACAUAUCUUAACGAUCAUCCAACUCAUUCAGCAGGUAAAGCCAUAUACAGCAAUUUCCCUCAACCCAACCCACUGUUCAGGUUGAUCAGACGAUUCAAAGUGAAACAUUCAGUUAUAAAUGGCCUGACCGACGAGGAGAUGAAGAAAUGGCAAGCUCAAGGAAAAGAUCUUCGAAAAAAAGCUGGUUGGAGAUUUGACCACGAAGAAGGAGAGGGUGGGGAGGCAGUAGUUGGAGAACUGUUUUGGAAAAUGUACAUUUCACUCUUGCCUACUCUCGAAAGAGAUCCUCUAUCCGGCUUGGUCCCGCCGGACCUGCUAGGUUCGACUACAACGAUGCCAUUGACUAUCAUCUCCCUUAUCCCAGAUAUAAUGCAACAUUAUAGAGAUGUUAUCAUACGUGCGGAGAAAGAAGUUUUCCUAGCUACGAAUUAUUGGCAACCGUCUAAUUCGGUUAAUACCAUUUCGUCUGCUUUACGAGACUUAUCAGCUAGGACGAUCAAAGCGGGUAAACCCAAAGUGAUAGUCAAGAUCAUGUAUGAUAGAGGGUCUUGGGAACAACUUUGGAAUGCUCAUGCUCCUGUCAAUCCUAAAGAAUGGGCUCCAUUGGAUUUACCGAAGAAAGAGGAUGUACAAGGGUUGGAUAUGGAAGUCAUUAAUUUCCACAGGGUAUUGUUGGGAACGUUUCACGCAAAGUUCUUGAUUGUUGAUAGGAAAGUAGCUUUGAUCAACAGUAACAAUAUUCAAGACCGACCAAAUCUCGAAAUGAUGACUCACCUCGAGGGACCAAUAGUGGAUUCAUUCUACGAAGUAGCCUUACACUCAUGGUGGAAUAAGCUCUCGCCGCCUUUACCAUGUAUGUCGACACCCUAUCAACCCCCCUUGGACCCCGUGACUGGAAAGCCCCAUUACCUAUUCCAAGAUCAUAAUCCGUAUUUUGACGAUAUCGAAAUACUCAAAGCUGCCAAAGCUGCUCGAUUAUUACUUAGAAGACAAACGAGGGAUAUAGACGAGGAAAAGGCUCAUGCGCACAGUCUUGACGGUCCUGGUGCGACUGAACGAUUGAGAGAGGCAGUGAAAAGGGUGAUUGAUGAGCAGAAAGCAAGUUUCAACGAGUGGAAACCUGGUGAAGAACUUGAGGCGAGGGCACAUACCGCCAUGAAGGAAUUGAGGGAGCUUAGGGAGAGGUGGGGAUUGGGUUCGACCUCGAGAGCUCCGAGUAGAGGAGCGAGUAGAGGACCAAGUAGAAGAGCGAGUGGAGAAUUGGGAUUGUUAAGAGCACAACAUAAAAACGAAGAUGAAAAAGCCACAAUAACUUCCACUGCCAAUGGCUCGGAAGCACCUUCUUCACCCACGGUCACGAAUGAUGCGCCGCUCAAAUCGAAAUCUUAUCCUUUACCACAUGACCCGGCAGUGGAUGAACAUUGGGACUCUAAUGAUUCCUCAACACCUCUACCAGAUAGACAGAACCGUAUUAGUCUGGAUGGUACGAGAACACCAGUCAAGAAUGUGAAUGGUACUCGUGGACGGGAACGAGACAAGAAACAUGUUGGAUUUGCCGAUGCCAAUGACGACAAUGGUGAUGGAUCCAACAGGGUGAUGGGUGAUGUACCAAUCACAACUUCACCAAAUGGAUCAUAUACGAAUCUACCCCAAAUCCAAAAUGAUACACCCCUCGUAUCGUCCCUUAUGACAUCGACCAUAAGCUUACCACAGGACAAUAACACUUCGAAUGGUACGGAUCAUGCUCCUUCGUCACUUGGUAAAGAAAUACCUUCACUACCUACAGAUACACUCGGUGAACCGUUACCUCUCACAGCGACUCAUUCGGAAGAAGUUGGACAUCUGUAUGAGAAAACUAAAAAACAUGUAGAAUUGAGUUUACCCCCUUCUUCCUCCCAGCGGCAAGAUGAUGGAGCGGGCGCAGGCAGUGAGGAGGUACAGCCUGAGGGGACGGGAAGUAAGAGGAUGUUUGCUCUUUCCAAGAAGUUUAAUGCCGGUGCACUUUCCGACGCAUGGGCGACAGUAGAAGAUUCGGACGAAUUGGACGAGUUUAAACCUCACGUGGUGCACAAACCACAUGAUCCUUUCCCUAUAGCUAUGACGUGUAGGAAGCCUCAUGGAUUCCCCGGUCAUCAUGAUAUCCGAAAUCCCCAAAACGCAGCUUGGUUAGCUGGAUUUAGGUAUGCUCAAAAGAAAGUUUUUGUUCAAACCCCUACACUGAAUGCUAGACCUAUCGUAAGAGCUGUUAAAGAGGCUUGUAGAAGGGGUGUGGACGUUGUUCUGCUACUAGAUUUGGGAUUCAAUGAUAAAGGCGAAUCUAUCCCUUUCCAGGGGGGUACCAAUGAAGAAGUCGUAGAUCGAUUAUACAAAAACUUACGAAAAGACAAGAAAGAACAGUACCUCAAAGUAUAUUGGUAUACAGGUAAAGAUCAAGUAAGACCCCUGAAUGCGGUGAAGAAGCAGAGGAAUUGUCAUAUCAAAUUCGCGGCUUAUGAUGAUCAAGUGGCUAUAUUCGGGAAUGGUAAUCAAGAUAGUCAAUCGUGGUUCCAUUCGCAAGAGAUAAACGUCAUGAUAGAUUCAAAGCAAGUCGUCAGUGAGAUGAUGGAAACGUUAUUAUCCAAUCAGAACACCUUGAAAUAUGGAUUGGUAGAUUCAGAUGGGACCUGGAGGGACAAAGAAGGUCAUACAUUGGAACAUUACGGUGCGACUGCUAAAGGUGCUUUUAGAGGUUUGAGUGGGUUCAUAGCUUUUGCUAAGACCAUUUAG